GUUCCCCAGAAUCGCGAAAUAUUGACGUUGAGAGGACGACGUCCGUCGAUUCCUAGGAAUUGGCUGGCUGAAUUCUCGUCGUUGGCUUUGGUGUCUUCGCACCUUCUGUGGCUUCUCUCGGCUAGAGUUUCUCGUUCUGAGGACAUAACCGGAACCUUAUCCUGCUAGAAAAAAAAUCAAAAUGGAUGAGGAUGAUCGAGAUUCUAACCAGAGCUCGGAAAACGAGCAAGACGAGAUAAUGGAAGAUGCCGACGAUCUAGAAGCCGAAGGCGAGGAGGAGGAGCCCGAGUACGACGAGGAAGAAGACGCUGAGGCGGAAGCGGAAGCGGAAGCGGAAGCCGAGGCUGAAGCCGAAGCUGAAGCUGAAGCCGAGGCGGAGGCAGAAGCAGAGGCAGAGGCAGAGGCAGAGGCAGAGGCAGAUGCAGAGGCGGAGGCAGAAGCCGAUCUCGACGAGUCCCAAGACCCGGACACAAGACGCGACAAACCACUAGCCGACGACAACACCGCAGCGGCGACGACAACAACCACGACCGCAACAACGACCACAACCUCCGGCCCCGAAGCCGCCGACGCAGGCGCGACAGCGUCAUCAGCGGGCAAGCGGUCGCCAUCGGCAGCGCCGUCGUCGUCCUCGGCGACGGCCACGGCGACGGCCACGGCGCGACAGCUGCGGCCGCGGCGGGAGGCGGUCACGGCGCGGGUGUACGACAUCGUGCCGACGAUGGCGGCGCCGCAGGCGACGUCAGUCAACGCGGUGGCGGCGACGCCGGACAUGCGGUUCUGGAUGACGGGCGGGGCGGACGGCUACGUGCGCAAGUACGACGGCGCGGCCACCAUCAACGGCCGCCAGCUGCUGACGGUGGCGCAGCGGCACCCGUUCGUCGACAGCGUCGUCAAGGCGGGCGUGCUGAUGAGCUACUGGGAGAACGAGGAGCCGCCCGCGGUGGGGGGCUCCGGCGGGGGGGGUGGCGGCGCGGGCGGGAGGGCCGCCGUUGCGGAGGAUCAUGUUCUUAGCCCUGUGUACAGCCUCGCUGUCCAUAGCCAGGCCCUGUGGCUGCUGAGCGGGCUGGAGAGCGGGGGUAUCAACCUGCAGAGCGUGAGGCACGACGAGGGGAAGCGGAUAUAUUGCUUGAGGGACGGGGGCCACACCAAUGCCGUGAGCGCGCUGUCCCUGGCGCCGGACGAGAGGAGCGUGCUGAGCGGGAGCUGGGACAAGAUGGUGCUGGACUGGGACCUGAACAACGGACAGGUCAUACGGAAGUUCGAGGGCAGCGGCGGGCAGAUCUCGACGCUGGAGCUGCGGCCCGCGAGCGGUGCGCCGAUCCCUGCCGAGGCUGGCGAGGAGGAGGUCAGAAGCGAGACCAUGCAGGGGAACAAUGACCGGCCCAUCGCGCCGGGCGUGUUCGUGAACGGUUUCAACGGGGCUGGGACCGGAGACGAUUCGACCGCGGCUGCGGGUGCGAGUGCGGUUGGGGAUGGUGGCGCCGACCUUGGCGGCAUGGGGGAUGGGCAGGGCUCGCCGGCUCACGAGUCGCUCUUUGGAAGCCCCGCCGGCUCGCUGUUUGGUGAUAACGACAACACCAUGGGCGGAGGGGCCUUUGGCGGAGAUGACGACGACGACUUCUCGCGGGCCAUGGAGAUGACGCUCCGCGAUGACUCUGGCCAGCAUGGCAUGGAUCACUCGCGCGACUUUGCCAUGGGUGACGCCGACCUGUCUUCUGCGCCGGCAUUCGAUCCCGAGGCCGGACACCCGCCGGCCGUACAGCACUCUGCAGGCGCAGCCAACGACGGCUUAGCGAACGGGGAGAGCUCCGUGUUCAACGCGAAUAAUUCACAGGACACGAUGGAUUUCAGUCAAGCACCGACAAUCACCGACGCCACAACCGCCGAGAGCCAACCCUCUGCCCGUCCUCCCUCCUCUGGCGCAGAUCAACAAUACCAGCUGCAACAACAACUCACCUCCCAGACCACCGACGCACCGCCAACCUCCUCCCAACCCCACGACCCCAGCUCCCCCUCCAUGGUCUUCAACUCCGCCCCCCCGCCGCCGCACCACGACCCGACCCAAGCAUCCGCGACCACCUUCUUCAGCACCUCCAUGGACGGCACGAUCCGGGUCUGGGACAGGCGGGUCCCGGACCCGGUGGCGCGCAUCGGCAACCGGCCCGGCAUCCCCCCCUGGUGCAUGGGCGCGUGCUGGAGCCCGGACGGGGACCGCAUCUACGCGGGUCGGCGCAACGGCACGGUCGAGGAGUUCAGCAUCCACCGCGCCAGAGGGUCCUGGCAGCCCGAUCGGGUGCUCAAGUUCCCGGCCGGCAGCGGGCCCGUCACUUGCGUGCGGCCCAUGGUGAAUGGGCGGCAUUUGAUCUGUGCCUCCCACGACAUCCUCCGCCUGUACGACCUUCGCGACACGUCGGCGUUCAAACACUCGGCCGUGCCGUUCCUGAUCGUCCCCGGGCCGCCUAGGCCGGGCGUCAUCUCGUCCAUCUACAUCGACCCGACGUCGCAGUUCAUGCUUUCCGCCUCGGGCACCAGGGGCUGGGACGGCACCUCGACCGAGGUGCUGCUUGGGUACGAGAUCAACGCGGUGCAGUGAGGAUUGGGGGUGGUGGGUGUGGGGGGUGGAUAUAUGUUCCUUCGUUGAUAUACGGGCUGGCUGGCUGGUUGGGUGCGAGGCAGGGGAUAAUCCUCCCUGUUGACGAUGAGAUGAUGAGGCUGGCGGGGGCGUUUGGGCUGGGAAUAUCGGCAUCUGCUUUGUGUCUACUAGGGUGGUUAUUCACGCGAUUAUACUCUGCUCAUAGAUAUCAAGGUGACUCGGAAAAGGUCUCCGUCGGUCUGCACGUCCAUCUUUGCACAUGCGCCACUAUUCCAAGCUGGUCAUCCCGUCAUAAUGCCAGGAGCAUGGUGGCAUUCCAUAUGUGUUUCUAUUUAUGCCCAUCUGCGUAAGAGUCUAAUCAGAG